CACCCCAUCUCUGCACCAUGAGCACCCCUGCCGGACCUGAAGCUGCCCCCAAACCAAGCGCCAAGUCUAUCUAUGAGCAGAGGAAGCGUUACUCCACCGUGGUGAUGGCUGAUGUGUCCCAGUAUCCAGUCAAUCACCUGGUGACUUUCUGCCUGGGGGAAGAAGACGGUGUGCACACGGUGGAGGAUGCUUCGCGGAAGCUGGCCGUCAUGGACAGCCAGGGCCGCGUGUGGGCCCAGGAGAUGCUGCUGCGAGUGUCGCCAGACCACGUCACAUUGCUUGACCCCCUCUCCAAGGAGGAGUUAGAGACCUAUGCGCUGGGCGCCAUCCUGCGCUGCGAUGCGGUGACGCCCCCGGGCCGGAGCCGUUCGCAGCUGCUGCUGGUGUGUCAGGAGCCUGAGCGCUCUCAGCCGGAUGUGCACUUCUUCCAGAGCCUGGGCCUUGGGGCGGAGCUGAUCCGAGAGGACAUCCAGGGGGCACUGCACAACUACCGCUCGGGCCGCGGGGAGCGCAGGGCAGCGGCGCUCAGAGCCACGCAGGAGGAGCUGCAGCGCCGGCCUUCCCUGGUGGCCGAAACCCCACCGCUGCAGCGCCGCCCCUCUGUCCGUGCCGUGAUCAGCUCCGGGGAGCCAGGCGCGGGCCGGGGACAACCCCCGACGGAGUCCAUCCCCGAGGUGGAAGAGGCGCGGGCGACCCUGAGCAGCGCUGACCCUGUCUCUCCGGACUUGGGGCCCCGGGGGCCUGACAUGGCCAGUCUGCAGGCGGAGCGGGAUGUGGACAUCCUGAACCAUGUGUUUGAUGACGUGGAGAGCUUCGUAUCCAGGCUGCAGAAGUCGGCGGAGGCCACCCGAGUCCUGGAACACCGAGAGCGAGGCCGCAGGACCCGACGCCGGGCGGCUGGGGAGGGCCUGCUGACACUUCGGGCCAAGCCGCCCUUAGAGGCGGAGUACACAGACGUGCUCCAAAAGAUCAAGUACGCCUUCAGUCUGCUGGCCCGGCUGCGCAGCAACAUAGCCGACCCCUCCUCCCCAGAGCUGCUGCACUUCCUGUUCGGACCCCUGCAGAUGAUCGUGGACACUUCAGGCGGCCCCGAGUUUGCAAGCGGGGUGCGGCGGCCGCACUUGACAUCGGAGGCCGUGGCGCUGCUGCGGGACACCGUUAACCCGCGUGAAAGCUCGCUCUGGACCUCGCUCGGGGACUCUUGGACCCGGCCGGGGGUGGAGCUACCCCCCCCGGAUCAGGGAACCCCGUACACCCCUGAGUUUUACAGCGGCUGGGAGCCCCCUGCCACCGACCCACAGGGCCGCGCCUGGGAGGACCCGGUGGAAAAACAGCUGCAGCAUGAGCGGAUGCGGCGGCAGCAAAGCGCGCCCCAGGUCGCUGUCAAUGGUCACCAGGACUCUGCGUUGGAGGCCCAGCCCGAGCAGGAGCUGGCCCUGGCGGCGGGGAAAUGGGUCCUGUGUAAUUACGACUUCCAGGCCCGAAACAGCAGCGAGCUGUCCGUCAACCAUCUGGAUGUGCUGGAGGUGCUGGAUAACAAACGCAAGUGGUGGAAGGUCCGGGACCCGCAGGGGCAGGAAGGAUACGUGCCUUUUAAUAUCCUGAGCCCCCAUUCGGGACCCCCAGCGGGCCGAAGCCCUGCCUGCAGCCUGGUGAGACGAGACUGCAAGAACAGCACGCCACCCGAGCCUCUGGCUCCGGCUCGGUCCCACUGGGACAGCUGCGAUAGUCUCAACAACCUGGACCCCUGUGAAAAGGAGAAAUUCUGCCAGAUGCUCAGUAUCAAUGAAGAGCUGCAGGUGCGCCUGGCCCAGGGCCGCUCGGGCCCUAGCCGCCCCGCCGCGGGACCCCGCGCCCAGGAGCUGCAGCUCAGCCCGCACUCGGACGCCUCGGAGGUCCGCGCUUGGCUACAGGCCAAAGGCUUUAAUUCUGGCACGGUGAGCGCACUGGGCGUGCUGACAGGCGCGCAGCUCUUCUCGCUGCAGAAAGAGGAGUUCCGGGCCGUGAGCCCCAAGGAAGGGACACGCGUGUACAGCCAGGUCACAGUGCAGCGCGCGCUGCUGGAGGACUCGCAGAAAAUGUCAGAGUUGGAGGCAGUGAUGGAGAAGCAAAAGAAGAAGGUGGAGGGUGUGACGGAAGUGGAGGUCAUCUGACCCUCUGCAGUUUCAGAACCUCCCCUCAAACCCGGGGUAUGUGUGGACCGGUCCUUACUGGGGUCCCCCACCAAUGCAUGGACUGGCCGGGCACGAUAGGGGGCGAGGCGCACUUGUCCACUAGAGGGUGCCAGUGGGGUGUAAUGUACCACUACUGCCCAGCCUAUAAACAGCCUACUCAUA